CAGGACGCGCGGAGGGCAAUGGCGGCGCUAGGCCGCGUCGGGUCGAGGGCUCUCGGCGGCAGGCUUUUCCUGCUGCAGCCUGCCUCCUCCUGCCCUCUCCAGCUCCGAGCAGCCUCCAUUCUCUCCUCUUCCCUGCACCUGCCUUUCAGGAGCCGGCUUUCCUUGGAGCCCGCCGGUGGCUGCCCCGCGCCGGCGUCUCCCUGGAGCCUGCAGCAGGUCCGUGGCAAGGCUCGAGGCAACGAGUAUCAGCCCAACAACCGGAAGCGGAAGCGCACCCACGGCUGGCUCAAGCGCAUCAGCACCCCGGGCGGCGUCGAGGUCAUCCUGCGGCGCAUGCUGAAGGGCAGGAAGUCUCUGACCCACUGACAGCCCUGCCCCUGGGGCU